AUGACUGAUACUCGAGGGCCGCCGCGAGCUUCGCUGCCCAUCCGCUCUAGCCGCCCUCGUCGCGCAUUCGGCGCCUUUGCACAACGACACCCGAACUUGAACUUGACCGCGGAGGAAAAGCGCGUAUUCUACCAGCUCUUCCAGGCCGCGGAUACUACCAACCUGGGUGUCAUCACUGGCGAGAUCGCCGUACCCUUCUUUGAAAAGACAAAGCUUCCAUCUGGCACCCUUGGAGAGAUCUGGCAGCUUGCGGAUAAAGAGAACAGGGGUCUUCUGACGCCCUCUGGUUUUGGGAUCGUGCUUCGAUUGAUUGGACAUGCACAGGCCGGGCGCACACCAUCUGAUGAACUGGCUCUGCAGCCCGGUCCCCUGCCCCGAUUUGAAGGCAUUGUCGUCGACAACACUCCCGCUCCCACCGAGUCUGGCGCCGCAAGUCCCCCGCCUGGUGCUGGUCCCCCAAUUCGAGUACCUCCGCUGCAACCCGAAGAUGCCCUUAAAUUCCUCUCGCUGUUUGAGAAGUCAGAUACCUCGAAUGGCUUGAUUUCUGGUGAGAUUGCGAAGCAAAUAUUCGAACGUGCGCGGCUACCCAACGAGAUUCUGGGGCGGAUAUGGAAUCUUGCAGACACAAAGCAGCGUGGAGCGCUCGAUGCCACCGACUUUAUCAUUGCCAUGCACCUCCUCACAUCCUCGAAGUCUGGCGCUCUUCGUGGCAUUCCUCAGACACUGCCUCCUGGUCUAUACGAGGCCGCAGCUCGCCGUGGAUCUGGCCGGGGCUCCUUCGGUGCUCGUGCAGAUGUGCCUCCCGUUCCCUCCAUCCCCAAGGAAUUCACCGGCCCCCAGCGUACCAGUACCCCCAUGAGCCCUAAUCACACUGGUCGUCCGGCGUUCGGCAGCCCGCUCUCGGCACAGUCAACUGGAGAUUGGCUGAUCAGCCCUCAAGAAAAGGUGCACUUCGAUGGCAUCUUUGAGACCGUCGAUACCGCCAAGGUCGGGCUGAUCACUGGUGACCAGGCUGUUGCUUUUUUUAUGAAGGCUCAGCUAUCCGAGGAAGUUCUUGCGCAGAUCUGGGAUCUUGCAGAUAUCGAUGCUGACGGCCAGCUUAACCGGGACGAGUUUGCAGUGGCCAUGUACCUCGUGAGGCUGCAGCGCAGCGGAAAGGAGCCUCUUCCGCAAGUGCUGCCCCCUGCCCUGAUUCCACCUUCAAUGCGUCGUCAAGCUCCUGUGCCUGCUGUGGCACCGGCACCGGCACCAGCCCCUGCUCCCGCGCCUGCUCCGAUUCCGCGAUCUGCUGCGGAUGACUUGUUCGGACUCGAUUCUCCCGUCCCGCCUGUCGCCCAAACUCAAUUCCCCCAGUCUACUGGUGGCUCCAAUGCAGCAUUCCACACGCCAGGCUCCCCCGCCUCCCGAGCCUCCCCGCCUGUUGCAUCUACAACAUUCAAGCCGUUCAUCCCGACGUCGACCUUCGGCCAGAGUUUGCAGCCACAAGUGACAGGUGCAUCAGCAGGAACACCAGUCGGUGAAUCCAAGAAGCUCACCCAGGAGACGAGUGAUCUCGCCAACCUUUCCAACCAGAUUGGUUCUUUGGCGAAGGAGAUGCACACCGUACAAGAGAAGCGCACUUCUGCCGAACAGAGUAUCUCGCAGACCUCUCAGCAGAAGCGCGACUUCGAGGCACGUCUCGCCCAGGCGCGCGCUAUGUAUGAACAAGAGGUGGCCAACUUUAAAGCUCUGGAGGAGCGCCUCAGAGUCUCCAAGGCCGAGACUACCAAGCUUCAGCAAGAGUAUGCUCUGAUUGAAGGCAGCCGACAGGAUCUGCAGAACCAGUACACACAGGUUUCGACCGCCCUAGCUGCAGACCAGCAGGAGAACGCUAGUCUGAAGGAAAAGAUCCGCCAGGCCAAUGCGGAAGUUGCUCAGCUCAAGCCAGCGCUGGAGAAGGCUCGUUCUGAUGCCCGCCAGCAGAAGGGCCUUGUUGCCAUCAACAAGAAGCAGCUGGCCACUGUUGAGGGUGAGCGUGACAAGAUCCAGGGUGAAAUCGAUACUCUUGCCAAGGAGACCCCCCAGUACACUGAGACUGCCACCCCGGUUAGCUCCGCUGCUGAGGUGGUUAGCCCUGCUGUUUCUACUGCAAGCCAGAACACCAACCCAUUCUUCCGCCGGACCGCAACUGGAAGCUCAAGCGAGCGUGCUCUGUCUCCUGAGGCUCCCACCGAUCAGCAAAAGGCCUUCGAUAACCUCUUUGGCCAGUCCUUUGCAGCUCCUUCUGCCGCUGGGCCUCCUCCCACCUCAUUCCGCGCCGAGUCGCCGCUGGCUGCCUCCAAGUCGCCUGUGACUUCCAAUGUCCCUACUCCGUCCGCUUCUCCAAUCCCUGCUGUCUCCGUUCCUGGCGCGUUCCCAGGCAUUGCGUCUGAGAUCCCGCCACCUAGCCAGUCCCGCCAGCUCACUCCCAAUUUCCUGCCUUUCGGUGAACCCCAGUCCGUAACUUCGUCUACUAUGGUCUCGCCCCCUGCUAGCCGAUUUGGUGGUCCAGACACUUCGGGCAUUGCAACCCCACAGGACGCCAGCGACCAGGGUGGUCCACCAUCCAUAGCCACAUCGAGCGAUUACAGUCGGGCUCCAGUUUCGGAUUUCGAGGGUACACCCGCCCGCUCGCCAUUCGACGAGGUUCCAGCGGGCCCCGAGGCUGCGGCGGCCACUGCUGCUGUCGCUCAACACCCGUCGGCGAUUUCUCCGACCUCUACCGGGAACCAGGAGCCAGCUAAGGAUUUGUCUUUUGACGAGCUUUUCGGAAGCAAGGCUCACAAGCGAUCCGAAUCCCAGAAGGAGAAUGAUUUUGAGGAGGCUUUCGCUUCUUUGAGGCAGCAAACGGACGAGAAGACUAAUGGUGCGGCUGCGGCUGCCCCCUCGUCCGAGUUCCCUCCUAUUCAGGAGUUGCACCAUGACGAGGAGGACGAUGAAAGCUCGGAUGAUGAGGGCCCUUUGGGGUUCGACGAUAACUUUACCCCAGUCUCUCCCACCAGUCCCAAGAAGGAGAAGCAGGCUGACUCUAUCGACGCCGCUCAACUUGCUGCCUUCCCUGCUCCGGGAUCGGCUCAGCCACCUCCCGCUGACGCACAGGCAAGCCCUCCUCAGUAUGAAGCCAGCACCACUGGAGAUGCUAGCCACAUGCCGCCUCAAUUUAACGGUCUGCUGCCAGAACGUGCGGAUCCCACUGUUGCCCCGGAUGCUCCUCACUCUGUUGAAUCUAGCACUGGUGCACCGGUAGUUGCCAACGAGUCUCAGCGAGAUCCAGGCCCAGAGACGGCGGCUCCAGCGAUCGCUGGUGGCGCAAAGACCGGCGGACCUGACUUCGAGGCCGCUUUUGCCGGACUCAACCUUGCCCCCGCGAAGGAAGCGGACGAUGAUGAUGAAGAUGAUGAGCAUGAUGAGGGCAAUGAUCACAAGAAUACCUCAGAUUUUGACUUCUCAUUCGAUUCUCCCUCCCAGGCCAAUCACGGUGCUUCUUCUAGCACUGAUGCUGGCCAGGGUGGAUCCUCCGAUUUCUUCUCUUUUGACAACAACGUCCACGCCCCCACCGCCCAGUCCACCUCCCCAAAUGGAGGUGAUUCCAAGGCCGCGGGCCAUGACUGGGACGCUCUCUUUGCUCCCCUCGCAGGCGCCAAGCCCGCCGAAGAGGAGACUGCCAAUGACGCGAGCUCCAAGAAUCCUGGUUGGGCCCUCAACAACGACUCCGGCGAAGAUGACCUGAUUUUGCAGCGAUUGACAGGUAUGGGCUUCCCGCGCGAUGACUCUCUGGCGGCUUUGGAGAAGUUCGAUUACAAUCUCGAUAAGGCUGCAGACUACUUGACCUCGAAGUCCUGA